CACUCCCUCACUCUUUGUCUCUCUCUCUCACUGUCUCUCUAUUACUCUGUCCCCAUUCGUCCGGCGAUGUACCAACACGCGCCGUCUUUCAUUUCCCUCAUCGUCUUCUUCACCAUCCUCUUACCCGUUUCACCAAACCCGACUCAGAACCCAGACCCGGUCACCGUCCAGCCGUUUCGGGUCAAAUCAUCCCCACCCGCCACAAUACCCGCUUUCCCGGAGCAAUCCGAUUUCUCCGGCUGCCCACUCGAUUUACCAGAAGACCUCUUCCACGGGAUCAAAUCAGCCUGCACCGGUAAAAAGCUCCACAAGGGACGAUGCUGCCCCGUGCUAGGCGCGUGGCUCUACUCCGCUUACUCAUCGACUGCCCUGAGCCGUUCGAUUUCCGCCGCCGCGAGAAACGCAUCCUCCUCCGCCGUGACGACGACGCCGCCGGCGGAAGAAGAUAUGCCUUUGCUUCCCGACGACUCGGAGACCUGCGUCGACGGAUUGGGAAAGUCGCUGAGAAGGAGAGGGAUUGAGCUCGCGAGGCCGAACGAGACGUGCGACGUCGUUUACUGCUACUGCGGAAUCAGAUUGCAUCACUUGAGCUGCUCCGAUGCUUUUAGAGUGGACGAACAAGGGAGGCUCGUUGGAGACGAGAGUGUUGAUCGAUUAGAGACUGAUUGUUUGAGUGGUAGCCACAACAAUGCCGAUAGAUUCUCUCCUCUCAGUGCCUGUAACAAGUGCUUGAACAGCCUCUACAAGCUAAACCCGAAGAAAACUUCAGCGACAAGAAACCCAUCCAAGGAAGACAGGAACAGAACAACAAAGAUGCACAACAAAGAUUGUGUCCUCAUGGGUCUCACUUGGCUUCUCGCUAAGAACCGUACGGCUUACUUCCCCACUGUCACUUCAGUCCUCCGAGCCGUCAUGCUUAACCACGACGGCGAGCCACGGUCAUGUGCUCUCGGCAGCGACGGCAUGCCUUUAGCCGUUGACUCUUCCGAAUUCUCCAGCGGCUCGUCGAAUUCACUCCAGUAUCGGCACCACUUGGUCCAUUUCUUACUUUACAGCGUCAUCACAUUCGUCUUACUAAGGUCGUGGUGACUUAAGUUGACGUGGUAUUACGUGAUUGGCUGAGAUAAUUUAAGUGAAAUUCAGAUAGAGAAAGUGAGACGGUGAUUGUCUUUAUGUCUUUGUAAAUUAGUUUUGUUUUUGCUGUUGUAGCCAUUUUGUUAUAAAAAAAAAAUCAAAUUGUUUUUUAUCAUUAA